CGAGUUUACAUCUGACCUUCUCACUAUCCUUUCUAUAGAAGGACACCAUGGAAGCAAUUUCACUAGUAUGGUCUGCGUCUAGAGAUUGUUUCAGACCUCAGUUGAAGGCUUCUCUACGGCUACAACUGCGGACUGUGCUUCAAAACGUCGCUCCUCCCAUUUGACAGUCACGCUCUUGUUGGUCAAAUUUCUCGCUCCCUUUGAAACCAAGCAGCUCUACUUGGUUCAAUCUGUCUUCUGACAGUAUGAAGUCUUUUAUUGCGCUGGGGUUUAGCAUACUGACUCUGACCACUAUUGGUAUUACUAGAGUUGUUCCGACCUUCUUUCACGACACCAACUAUGACGUCGAAUUCAACAUCACAGCUGCGACCGAGAUCCCUCUAUUCGAAUGGACGGACCCAGCGACCGCUGUUGAUGAUGUCGAGCUAUGGAAGAAGUCAGUCGAACGAGGUACCAAGCUUAUCGCGGACAUGAAGGGCAGUGAUCAAGAAGCAGCGACCCUCUACGACAUGGGCGAGUCAGCGGAGAGCCCAUUUGACGGCGACCUCAAGGACAAGCUGAGAGAGUGGGCUCUACGACAGGAGUGCAAUUUUGAUAGCACUAGCAGCGGCCACAUGCUCAAGAAGACAUUUGACGAACUUGGUCUCGGCACGAAAUCGAAAAGCCAAAAAGGACCAAACGAAUGCUUCCAAAUCGAGCACCACGAUAGUCCGGCCGUUGAACACUACGAGACCAACGAGCUACCAGCUAAGCCCAACCAGCGGUACAAAGUCUGCGGAAAGGACUAUCGCAUCACUAGCGCUGAGCAUACAAUCGGUGUGAACGCCGCGGGUGGUGCCAUCUUUGCGAUGAGUGCAUUCUGGAACCGCGUCAAUGCCGCUGGUGGCGACGUGACGAAUAUAAAAUACUUCUUCGUCACAAUAAUCAUCAACCGAGAGACAAACAAACACAUCAGGCGCGUCCUCUCCACACUCACACCUCCUCAGGACGAAACGCAUAGUUGGCCCGGCCACGAAUUUUCCAUGGACUCGGACGCUGGUAAAGCAUUGCUAGGCUCUCCUGUCGGUCGCUGGGCGGGCUACUUCCUCAUACAACAUAAGAGACAGCUUCGUGGAGACAAGCACUUCUCCAAGGUUAGGAUAUUCAAGUCUGGGGGAGAGGGCAGUUUGCCGUACUUGCUGUUCUAUGUCGAAGGGCAUGCGCAGGCUUCUAGACUUGAACAGGGCUCUGUGCCAGGUCUGGGUGAUUUGGGGUGAGGGACCGCGGAUCGUGGAGAGGAACACUGAUGGGAGGAACGUUGUGAGAGAGCAUGCUAUAAGAGC